AUGAAAUAUCCCGCUUUUAGCAUCGAUACCGAAACGGUGCGCCUUACUGACAACCCCUUGGACGAUUACCAGCGUCUCUACCUCGUCAGCGUGCUGGAUAAGGGCUCGCCGCCUAGCAGCUUCAGCGCCGGACUCAAUAUCAAGAGGGCUAGCUAUAAAUCCUCUAUUGCUGCGCAAUUUACGCAUCCAAAUUUCAUUAUCAGGACCGGCGAUGGUGAGAACGCAGGAGAGACGGCCUCUCAAAACGUUCUGAACUGCUUCGAGUAUCAGUUUCCUAAUCUCCAAAUUGUACAGAGCCCCCUUCACGAGCAAUCGCUGCUCGCGCAGCUUGCUAGCUCCGCCGCCUCCCACCCCUCUUUACAUCUGCACGAUAAAAAUAUACUGAUGGGCAAGAUCAUACUACCUUCCCGUUCUAACAAAAACGCAGUCUCAGCGUCGCCCGUGAAACCGGAAAAGAAGGCGCUAUCAUCAGUAUCGCGUGAGAAUGCUUCCUCUUCGCUGACGAAGAACCAACAGUUCAAGCUGACCAAACUAGACCACAACCUGAUCAACGACAAGCUCAUCAACCCUAAUAACUGCGUGAUAUGGUCACAUGACUCCGGCUACGUGUUCAUGACGGGCAUCUGGAGGCUGUAUCAGGAUGUCAUGAAGGGUCUCAUAAACUUGCCCCGAAAUGACACCGUUUCCACGAGUCAGCAACAGUCCUUCUGCAAAGCUGAAUUCGAGAAAAUCCUGUCUUUUUGCUUUUACAACCACAGCUCGUUCGCUUCUGAAGAGCCUUCCAACGCGCUGUUGUCAUCCUCCACUUCUUCGCCGCCAAAGAGACGGAAAUCCACGGGAUCCACUUUCCUAGAUGUCAGUUCUUCCUCCUCGACUUCUUCCACACAGGCAAACAAUUAUAUUGAUUUCCACUGGAACAACAUCAAGCCUGAACUAAGGGACCUUAUCUGUCAGUCUUACAGGGAUUUCUUGAUUAGAGAACUUGGCCCUGACCAAAUCGACUUGCCGAACUUAAAUCCGGCAAACUUUACGAAAAGAAUAAGAGGCGGUUACAUCAAGAUCCAGGGUACUUGGUUACCCAUGGAAAUCUCGAGAUUGUUAUGCCUAAGAUUUUGCUUUCCGAUAAGACACUUUCUGGUGCCUAUUUUCGGUGCAGAUUUUCCCAAAGAUUGUGAGUCGUGGUAUUUGUCCCAUCAGAACGUGACAAUUACCGGUACCACUAGUGUUGCUGCUGCUGCUGGUACUUCUAUGCCUUCAGCAAGACCAAGACAGAAACCCAGAACCAGGCCAAGGCAGAGAUCUACCUCCAUGUCCCAUUCCAGAGCGCAAAAACUUGUCAUUGAGGACGCCUUGCCCUCUUUUGAUUCGUUCGUGGAAAACUUGGGUCUCUCCUCCAAUGACAAGAACUUUAUCAAAACGAACAAUAAGAGAAAAAAAUCACCCACGUACUCCUCUCCUACCUCUUCUCCCAUAGGGCCAAGCGACCCCACAGUUCAAAUCCUAUCAAAUCUAGCAUCUUUUUACAACACCCAUGGCCACAGGUAUUCCUAUCCAGGAAACAUCUACAUUCCGCAACAAAAAUACUCCUUACCUCCACCAAACCAGCUCUCGUCGCCACAACGACAACUGAACUAUACCUAUGAUCACAUUCACCCAGUUCCAUCUCAAUAUCAAUCCCCAAGACAAUACAACAUCCCAUCUUCCCCCCUCGCACCUGUUCCCCCCACCUUCCCUCAACCUUACAGCGAUGAUCACUACCAUUUUUUAAAAUACGCUAAUGAAGUCUACAAUCAAUACAACCAACGGCCAGCUCUUAAUACAAAUACUAAUAUGGACACCUCUUCUUCGCCCAGGGCGAGUAAUUCGUUGAACAAUUUUAAAUUUAAAACUAAUUCAAAAUAA